CAAUUACCAAAUGUAAAUAAAAAUGUAAAUGUAUUUUUAGGAUUAUAUUUGUUCAUCUUUAAUUUAUUAUAAGAAAUUAAAAUGCCCCUAAUCAUAAUAUGCGGGACUCCAGUAAGCGGGAAGACUACAAGAGCUAAUGAACUUAAAGAGUUCUUUGAGAAAACUCAUAAUAAACAAGUCAAUAUUGUUUCUGAAGAUGAAGCAAUCAAAAAAUUAGGUUAUACAAAAGAAUCUACGUAUCUAGACUCACAAAAAGAAAAGAGAUUGCGUGGAUAUCUUAAAUCGGAGGCAAUAAAGCUAAUUGGAAAAGAUAAUGUAGUGAUAUUAGAUGCAAGUAACUACAUUAAAGGAUAUCGCUAUGAACUCUAUUGUGCAUCAAAGGCAUCAAAAUCAACACAGUGUACAAUUUAUCCAAUUAGAAAUCAUGACGAAGCUUGGGAGGCUAACAAAUUAAGAAUUAAAAGUUAUGAUAGCAGUGAUAUUGCAAAUGCAAAUGGAGUUGAACCAUAUUCCAAAGAGGUGUUUGAUGCUCUCACCAAGUUGAGAUUUGAAGAACCAAACUCUAACAAUCGCUGGGACAGUCCAUUGUUUACAGUGCAAUUUUCUGAUCCAUUAAAUGUGGAUGCUAUUUACAAUGUCUUGUUCAAACGUAAGCCGCCACCUCCUAAUAUGAGUACACAAAAUCCACCAUUAACAUCAACCAACUUCUUAUACGACCUGGACAAUAUAACGCAAGCUAUCUCCAAACGUAUACUAGAAGCAAAGGAUUUCGAUCUAAGUGUAGUAAAGUUCCCGGAGUACCCAGGGUGUGUAGUGGACUGUGACGUCAUGCAGUCUGUUAACCCACAGAACUUGCUGCGACUUCGAAGGCAGUUCCUGACUUACGCGAAGAUGAACCAUUCAAAUGAGAACGCGGAUAAGUUGGGACGUUACUAUAUACAGUAUUUGAAUAAAACUUUGAUGGAUUGAUUGA